AUGGGACGCGUCACUUUCUUCCACCUCUCCAUUUGGGGCUUCCUGAUUGCCUGCUCCUUUCUGCAAGGGACAGAAGCAUCAGGCUGCCCUCAGAAUUGGUUCGGCUUUCAUGGACAUUGUUAUUUAUUAAGAAAAGUGAAGCGGAACUGGAAUGAUGCAGAGGCAGACUGCCAAAGGUUUGGGACUGACAGCCACCUGGCCUCCAUCCUUAACUGGGAAGAGCACAGGUCUAUAGCCAGUGCUAUAGUACAAGGCGAAGACCCUGGAUUCCACAUCUGGAUUGGGUUGUUCAGAGUCAAACGCGGUGGGAGGAUUACAGUGUGGAAAUGGACCGAUAGUGCUGUGGUCAACUAUAUGCCCUGGGGGCCUGGACAGCCUUCCUACUCUCACAAUCAAGAAUUCUGCAUUGAGUUGUACGGCGCAGAAUACAUGUUCUGGGAAGACAAUAGUUGCGAGGCAGAGAACUAUUACAUCUGUAAAAUCCCAGUGUCGUGGGGAAGCACUUUGAAAGAACAGGUGCUCCCCAAAGGUUGCUGGAAGGACAAGUCGGUUUGGAUAGACGUUCUGCAAAAGGCGCUCAUCUCAGCUUUUGUUCCUCUUGUUCCUUCCUUCCUCUCUCCACCACCCAAGGUCCUGAUCCUGAUGUCUCCGAUCUCCUGCUUCCACUGUGUCCUCCUGGGUCUCCUGGCCACUGGCUUCUUCCCGCGAGGCACCGAGGCGGUUGAGUGUCCCACCGGCUGGCUGCUGCAUGGAGCCUACUGCUAUGGAGUCUUCAGCACUAAAUUAUCCUGGAAAGAUGCUGAUGAGGACUGCAUGGCUUACAACAAGCGAGGACACCUGGCCUCCAUCCUCUCCUCGUCUCAGGGUGCGAUGAUCAGCAGCCACCUUCAGACCCUGGAGGACGAAGAGGAUUUUCCGACCGGUAUCUGGAUUGGAAUGCACGACCCCAACAAGAAGGGAUAUUGGAAAUGGGCAGAUCUUUCGAUACUGAACUAUUCACCUUGGAGUAAAGAGGAGGUUUUGCCUGAACCUGGUACCCCGACAAAAGGAGGCUGCGUCUACCUGUCUGCCAGAACAGAUUUUGCAAAAUUUCACAUUGCACCAUGCUCAGAAAAGAUGAGGUACAUGUGCAGGAUGACGUUCGGGUGAAAGCAGCUGUCUGACUGUGUCUGCAAAGGACCCCUGGCAUCAGAAAAGCAGCAUUUGGAGAGUCCUUGGACAAGAAAACCGGCAAAGAAUGGCCCCUUCCCAACUCCAGCACACCAGGCCCCUCUCCUUAUCAUCAUGGGGGUUAUGGUGAGGCAAACUGGCUCCUGCUGAACCCAAUAAACCAUGUUUUGGCCAUUCAA